AUGCGCAUGAAAGUGAUGCUUCGUUUAUACGAUGUUUGGGAUACAAUUGAUCCAGGGAGAGAUGAUGCAAAGAAGAACAAUAUGGCGAUGGCUCUAAUCUUUCAAUCAGUCCCAGAAGCGCUAAUACUUCAGAUUGGAGAAUAUGAUACAUCGAAGAAGAUUUGGGAAGCUAUCAAAUCUCGUAACCUAGGUGCUGAUCGCGUGAGAGAAGCAAGGUUACAGACUUUGAUGUCUGAGUUCGACAAACUGAGGAUGACAGACACUGACACGGUGGAUGACUACGCAGGAAAACUUUCAGGAUUAGCAUCGAGAGCAGCCGCGUUAGGAGAGAUAAUGGAAGCAUCGAAGAUGGUAAAGAAGUUUUUGAAGGGACUUCCAAGAAGAAAGUUCAUUCACAUCGUAGCUUCGUUAGAACAAGUGUUGGAUAUAAAUUCAAUGGGAUUCGAAGACAUUGUUGGGAGAUUGAAGGCUUUCGAAGAACGCAUAAAAGAAGAAAACCAAGAUGAAGAUCAAUCGAAGCUAAUGUUUGUAAAGAAUGAUGCGCAAGGUUGUGGAAGCCAUAACAACUCGCGAGGAAGAGGAAGAGGAGGAGAAGCUUCGGACAAGACCAAGAAGGACUACUCUAAAGUUAAAUGUUGGAGAUUCAACAAGAUGGGGCACUUCGUGUCACAUUGUCGUACACAACCAAGAGAAGAAGCUAACCUAACGGAAACACAAGAAGCAUAUGCAUUAUAUAUGCAUGAAGUAGUAUUCCUCAACGAAGAGAGAGUGUUUCCUAAGAGGUUUGAUGAAUGCGAUGGAAAUACGAGUAUAUGGUACCUUGACAAUGGUGCAAGUAACAAUAUGACAGGCAAGAAAGAGUUCGUCUCAAACCUAGACGAGAGCAUCAAAGGCAAAGUCAAAUUCGGUGAUGGAUCAAACGUCAAGAUUUUUGGGAAAGGUUCGAUCAUGUUCAUCGGAAAAACAGGGGAGAGAAGAGCACUCAAAGACAUCUACUACAUCCCAAGUCUUAAACACAAUAUCAUAAGUCUUAGACAAGCAACCGAGAUGGGUUGUGAGGUUAAUAUGAAAGAAGACUUACUGAUGAUGAAAGAUCCCCGUGGAAGGUGUGACUUGUGCGAUCCGAUAUCACCAUCAACACCAGCAAACAACAGAUAUGUAUUCGUCUUAAUUGAUGAUUACUGA